CUUAGAGACCGGGCGCGCGCAUGGAAGGACGUGGUGGCCGGGGCGCAGUGUUCUGGGAGAAGACGGCCGGAGAAUGCCACUCUGGGUCCUGCCCCAGUGCCGUGGUGAUCCAGCGACGUCCCGCCCGAGUACCAGGCUCGGUGAGCAGCUGACCGCCUGCUCCGGAACUAGCGAUGCCCGGACCUAGCCGCCGAGACACGUCAGCGUUCAUGCCGCUGAACGUGGACACGCGAAGGCUGGCUGCAGCCAGUCACCGUCCCAUCUAUAGACCUGAACUGGGCCGGUGCGCAGAAAGAGCGCCAGCAGGCACGAGCCCCGCUCUGCCGGAGCGCGACAGCUCUCUAGCGGUUGUGCCUUCGUCACGUCAGCCGGGGCAGCGGUGACGCCGGACACCAGCGAUGACUGAUCACGACCGGGUUGCGACGACGGACCACAGACCGGGUGGCGAAGACAUCCACAAUGGACAUAAGCGGUACUGUGGUACUUCUGUGUUUGGAAGUGAUUGGCGCUGAACAUGGCAUCAUUUGUUAUCAUAGUGAGCACGAUCCUCUUGGCUUGGACCUGUCGUUGCGACGACGCAUCAUGUGGACUGAAGAGGUUCAAGCCAUUGCCAAGUGGGAAAGCACGGACCGCAGAGUGGCCUUGGAUGGCUUCAAUCAUGGAGUACAAUCAGCGAAAGUCACCUGACUACCUCUGUGCCGGUGUUCUGAUCAGCGAGCGACAUGUCUUAACAGCGGCUCACUGCUUUGACCCGAGACCACAGAACCCACGACUGUACUCAGUUCAACUCGAGUCAGAGUCCACCGAAUCCGGAGUGGAGUACAGCGUUUACGACGUGGAGGUGCACCCAGACUACCUGCCCGGGAGCAGCUACUACGACCUGGCCGUGAUGACGCUGCGCCGUAACGUGGCCAACGAUACGAUGCCCAUCUGCCUGCCCACCCGUACCGACGCCUUCGACAAGAGGCUGUCUUACGUGCUCGAAUGGUCGCCCAAGUAUUACGGAAAUAAAUCGCCCAUGGCACUGCGCGCUCGUCGGGCCCUCGUCGCAAACAACGGAGACUGCAGCGAGUUUUUCGAGAACGUGAGGGUGCGUGAGCUUCCGAGAGGCAUCAUCGCUGGCCAGAUGUGCACCGACAUCCAGGAAGUCGAAGGCAGCUGUGACCGCUACAUGGGUUCACCGAUGAUCGUGCCGGAUCGAAGUUACCGCUGGUCGGCGGUCGGUGUGGCCACGUUUGGAGAGAAGUGCGACGACCACAAUUUCCCCGGAGUGUACACCAAGGUCACACACUACUUGGCUUGGAUCCAACGCGUAAUGAAAAGCACUUAAUCGUUGCUUCCGAUUAUCCGUUCACUCAAACAUCAAACUGACCAUGUAUUCGCACCUUCUAGCCAUUAUUGCUGCAAUAAAGUUGCGGUAACGGUUGAAUCAU